CGCCUGGGCUUGGGGACGGACCGCGCAGAGCGAGGUGGCAGCGGGCAGGGCGUGCGGCCAGGGUGCCCAGCUCCCGGGGCUGCCUGCAGGGUGGGGCGGUCCUCGCGGCCUAUCCCUCUCCGCUUCUGCCCCAUCCCCAAACAGUACACCCCUCCCCCCGCCGGCCCGCUCCCCACCCUCCGCGGCGCCGCCUCCCCCGCCGCCUGCCGGCGCUGGCCCAGAGCCGCCCAGGCAGCCAGCGAGCGAGCGGAGCGCUCUGGGAUGGGACUCGGAGCAAGCGGCGAAAGAGGAGACAGCGGCAGCACCUCGGGCUUCUUCCUCGGCUCCCACGAGCGAUUCCCGGGGAGAGCCGUGGCUCUCGGAGGGGCGAGGAGGCCAGCGACGAAGACCCGGGAGGCUGCGCCCCUGUCUCGCUUCCCAGGCGCCGGCGGUGGCUGCAGCCUUGCCCCUCUUUGUCUUCUUGAAGAUGGAAAAGAUGCUGGUGGGCUGCUUUCUGCUGAUCCUCGGACAGAUCCUCCUCCUACCCGCUGAGGCCAGGGAGUGGCCUCCUUCCAGGUCCAUCUCCAGAGGGAGACAUGCUCGGACCCACCCUCAGACGGCACUCCUGGAGAGCUCCUGUGAGAACAAGCGGGCAGACGUGGUCUUCAUCAUUGACAGUUCCCGCAGCGUCAACACCCACGACUACGCAAAGGUCAAGGAGUUCAUCGUGGACAUCUUGCAGUUCUUGGACAUUGGCCCUGACGUCACCCGUGUGGGCCUGCUGCAAUAUGGCAGCACCGUCAAGAAUGAGUUCUCCCUCAAGACCUUCAGGAGGAAGUCCGAGGUGGAGCACGCCGUCAAGAGGAUGCGGCAUCUGUCCACAGGCACCAUGACGGGGCUGGCCAUCCAGUACGCCCUGAACAUCGCGUUCUCAGAAGCAGAGGGUGCCCGGCCACUGAGGGAGAACGUGCCGCGGGUCAUAAUGAUUGUGACCGAUGGGAGGCCCCAGGACUCGGUGGCUGAGGUAGCCGCAAAGGCCCGGGACACAGGCAUCCUGAUCUUUGCCAUUGGCGUGGGCCAAGUGGACUUCAGCACGCUGAAGACCAUCGGCAGCGAACCCCACGAGGACCACGUCUUCCUGGUGGCCAACUUCAGCCAGAUUGAGUCGCUGACCUCAGUGUUCCAGAACAAGUUGUGCACCGUCCACAUGUGCAGCAUCCUGGAGCAUAACUGUGCCCACUUCUGCAUCAAUACUCCUGGCUCGUAUGUCUGCAGGUGCAAACAAGGCUACAUCCUCAACUCGGAUCAGACGACUUGCAGAAUCCAGGACCUGUGUGCAGCGGAGGACCACGGCUGCGAGCAGCUCUGCGUGAACCUGCUGGGCUCCUUUGUCUGCCAGUGCUACAGUGGCUACACCCUGGCCGAGGACGGGAAACGGUGUGUGGCUGUGGACUACUGUGCCUCAGAAAACCAUGGAUGUGAACAUGAGUGUGUAAAUACUGACAGCUCCUACUUUUGCCGGUGCCCUAAAGGAUUUGCUCUUAACCCGGAUAAGAAAACAUGCACAAAGACAGACUACUGUGCCUCACCCAACCAUGGAUGCCAGCACGAGUGUGUUAACACAGAUGAUUCCUAUUCCUGCCGCUGCUUAAAAGGCUUUACCCUGAAUCCAGAUCAGAAAACCUGCAGAAGGAUCAACUACUGUGCGCUGAACAAGCCAGGCUGCGAGCAUGAAUGCAUCAACACGGAGGAGGGCUACUACUGCCGCUGCCACCGGGGCUACACCCUGGACCCCAACGGCAAGACCUGCAGCCGGGUGGAUCACUGCGCCGAGCAGGACCACGGCUGUGCACAGCUGUGCCUCAACACUGGGGACUCCUUCGUGUGCCAGUGCUCGGAAGGCUUCCUCAUCAACGAGGACCUCAAGACCUGCUCCCGAGUGGAUUACUGUUUGCUGAGUGACCACGGUUGCGAAUACUCCUGCGUCAACACCGACAGAUCCUUCGCCUGCCAGUGUCCCGAGGAACACGUGCUACGCAGUGAUGGAAAGACCUGUGCCAAAUUGGACUCUUGUGCUUUGGGGAACCAUGGUUGUGAACAUUCGUGUGUAAGCAGUGGAGGCUCUUUUGUGUGCCAGUGCUUUGAAGGGUAUAUACUCCGUGAAGACAGGAAAACCUGCAGAAGGAAAGAUGUCUGCCAAGCAGUAGACCACGGCUGUGAACACAUUUGUGUGAACAGUGAUGAGUCGUACAUCUGCAAGUGCUUGGAGGGAUUCCGACUCGCUGAGGACGGGAAACACUGCAGAAGGAAGGAUGUCUGCAAAUCAACCCACCAUGGCUGUGAACACAUUUGUGUUAAUCGUGGCAGUUCUUACAUUUGCAAAUGCUCAAAGGGAUUUAUUCUAGCUGAGGAUGGAAGACGGUGCAAAAGAUGCACUGAAGGCCCAGUUGACCUGGUCUUUGUGAUCGAUGGAUCCAAGAGCCUCGGAGAAGAGAAUUUUGAGAUUGUGAAGCAGUUUGUCACUGGAAUUAUAGAUUCCUUGGCAAUUUCCCCAAAAGCCGCUCGAGUGGGGCUGCUCCAGUAUUCCACGCAGGUCCGCACAGAGUUUACCCUGAGAAACUUCAGCUCGGCCAAAGACAUGAAAAAAGCUGUGGCCCACAUGAAAUACAUGGGCAAGGGCUCUAUGACCGGACUGGCUCUGAAACACAUGUUUGAGAGAAGUUUUACCCAAGUAGAAGGGGCCAGGCCGCUCUCCGCACGGGUGCCCAGAGUGGCCAUCGUGUUAACAGAUGGACGGGCUCAGGAUGAUGUCUCCGAGUGGGCCAGUAAAGCCCAGGCCAAUGGUGUAACCAUGUAUGCUGUUGGGGGAGGGAAAGCCAUUGAGGAAGAACUACAAGAGAUUGCCUCUGAGCCCACAGAAGAGCAUCUCUUCUAUGCCGAAGACUUCAGCACGAUGGGCGAGAUAAGUGAUAAACUACGGAGAGGCAUAUGUGAAGCUCUGGAAGACUCUGGUGGAAGACGGGAUUCCCCAGCAGGGGAACUGCCAAAGAGCGCUCACCAGCCAACAGUGCAACACAGAUAUCUGUUUGAAGAAAACAAUCUUGCAUGGUCUACACAAAAACUUUUCCAUUCGACAAAAUCCUCAGGAAGUCCUUUGGCAGAAAAACACAAUCAAUGCAAAUGUGAAAACCUUAUAAUGUUCCAGAACCUUGCAAAUGAAGAAGUAAGAAAAUUAACGCAGCGCUUAGAAGAAAUGACACACAGAAUGGAAGCCCUGGAAAAUCGCCUGAGAUACAGAUGAAGAUUCAAAAUGCUACAUGUAUUUGUACGUCAUUGUAUCAAGGAUUACAGUGAAACAGUUCAGAGCCCCAAAAGCUCAAGCUAUCAUUAAUUCUGUUAAGGUUGUGAACUAAAACAUAACUAGUACUGAGAAAGCUGGUUUGCUAUAGAGCAAAGGCAAAAAGUACACACUAACUUGUAUAAAUUCAUUGAUAAAAAAAAUCUUUCAGAAUCCUAAAAUGAGUUUAUCAAGUGAGAACAAAUAAGCUAUGCAAGAUAUUCUUUAAUAUACUGUGGACAUAUUUGCUUUUGCCUUGUUCUGCCUUAGUGUUGUAAUCUUAUUUGACUCCAAAAUAAAGUUUGCACAGUCUUACUUCCGUAGAACACUGGCCAUGGGAAAACUAUUUUUUUUUUUAUUGGACUUUACCUUGAUAUAUGUAUAUGGAUGUAUACAUAAAGUCAUAGAACAUAUGUAUCGUGUAACAAGUUAGAUUUUUUAAUACAAUAUUAAAAUUCACUUCAGA